AUGGGCUCUGGAAGCAGACCAGGAACACCGACCAGCCAAAAGUCGGAGGUGGCUAUGACUACGGUCAGCGACGUGUCGAAGCUGACGAUUGGGUGCAAGGCGUUUUUCGAAAAGGACAACGAAAUCCGGCAAGCCGAAAUUCUGUCAAUCCGCGACAAGGCCAUGCAGCACCGGGUGCAGCGCUCGGCCGAAGACGCACCCGUGCAGAACGAAAGGGGCGAGGUGGAGUUUGAAUUCUACGUGCAUUACAUUGAGUUCAAUAAGCGUCUCGACGAAUGGGUGUCCGGCACACGUGCACGACUGGAUAAACCACAUCUCACGGCGGGAGUCACCACUCGGCCACGUGAGAAGAAGCGCAAGACCAACACCGGGUCGUCUGUGGCCACAGGCAGCGGCAGUGUGCCGCAGACCCCCGAGCAUAUUCGGCACGACGACGCGGCAUAUACGGCACCUCAGGGCACAGACGGGACGUUUUCAAAGGAGAAGGAGAUUGAGAAGCUAAGGACACAAGGAUCAAUGACGCAGUCGAGCGGCGAGGUUGCACGCAUGAAGAACCUGAAUAUCAUCGAGAUGGGUGAGUUCCAAGUCGAGCCGUGGUACUUUUCGCCGUACCCGACUGAAACAGCAUAUGUGCCAACCUUGUACAUCUGCGAGUUUUGCCUAUGCUAUUAUACCAACCACAAGCAGUACGAGCGGCAUCGUACAAAGUGCACACUGCAGCACCCACCAGGCAACGAAAUAUACCGCAAGGACGACAUCUCGUUCUUUGAGAUUGACGGGCGGCGGCAAAAGAUGUACUGCCGGAAUCUGUGCCUGCUCUCAAAGUGCUUUUUGGACCACAAGACGCUGUACUACGAUGUCGACCCGUUCCUGUUUUAUAUUCUGACGCAGCGCGAUGAGCGGGGCUGCCAUAUCAUCGGGUACUUUAGCAAGGAGAAGGAGUCAGCGGACAACUAUAACCUGGCGUGUAUCCUGACAUUGCCGCAGUACCAGCGCAUGGGGUACGGGCGUGUGCUGAUGCAGUUCUCGUAUGAACUGUCCAAAGCCGAGGGCAAGGAGGGAUCGCCCGAGAAGCCACUGUCAGACCUUGGCUUGCUGAGCUACCGUGCGUUCUGGUCAGAAGUGCUGGUCGAGCUGCUGGUCGGCAUCGAUGAUCUAAGCAAUAUGACCAGCUUUACGACACAAGAUAUCCUGCACGCCCUGUUUAGUCUUGAUGCGAUCCGGUACUACCAUGGCCAGCACUGCAUUGUGCUGAGCGAGCGCGUAAUCGAGCAGUACGAGCGGUUCAAAAAGAAGAAGCUGCGGCGUAUCGACCCCACAUGCCUGAAGUGGACGCCCAAGGUGUUCUCGCAGGCAGAGCUCCGGUACUUGUAAGGCCGGUGGAUAUUUUUAGAAUGUAUUGCCUGUUUAUACCCGGCCAGUUUGAAGUGCAUUGAAGGGGGCAUACCCGUACACGGGCCAUAUUUCCAAGAGCUGAUCGUCAUCCAUAUCGCCGAAAUGUCGGCCAUUUACGAGGAGGGGCUCUGAGCCCACACUCUGGCCUGGGCGUGAUGGGCCUAGGGGAACGUGUUAGCGAAGGAAAUCGCUUGGAAAUUCUUUUAUCCCCGCCGCAUGACCUGCUGUUCCCCGAGACCCGCUGCUUUUGGGGUCUGUGGAUGUGUCCGAGGCUGAAUCACCCGUAGCCUGUAGACGCGCUCCGACAUACGCAUCAGGUUGCAACCCUGUUUGCUGCCUCCCUCCACGAGCUACUUCGACAAGCAGCCACUUGCUCU